GCGCUUAGUGAACAGACAUGAGAUACCAGUCAGGAAGCAUCUUGUUUUGAAAUUAACCUAGGUGUUUAUUUCAUGAUACUAGAAACAGUCCAAAUAAUUCAAACAGUAGGCCUUGCAAGCAGCAUUACACGAAUACAUUCAUGGUUUCAUUUCGUUUGGUAAUAAAUUGGUACAAAUAAAACUAGGCCGAAUUCUCUGGAUCAAAAUCUAGUUUACUCGGAACUUAAAGAGAUCUAGAUUUGGUUUUAUUUUUCUGGGUAUAGUAAAGAAAUAAUCACAAAUUUAUCGAUAGAUAGAGAAGGACAAUGAAACUAAUACACAAUAAGUAUUGGCUACGUUAGUGUGUUUAAGAUUUUGUUAACAGACUUAAAUAGGUCGCCAUGGGGAGUCACUAAACCUGGUUUUACAACAAUCGCCACUGUGGCAAAGGAUUUCAGAAUAACAUCCUAUGUCUAACGUAAAUCUAUCCCCCAACGAGGUGCUUCACCAGCCUUGUAAUGACUACGAUGCAGACAGUAAUUUUUCUAAAUGUAUUACUGAAUUGCAGUUUUUGAACUCACACCUGUUAAAUCCUACAUUCGUAGUAAAUGUACCUACCAAUGAAGACGGCAAGCCAUUGGGCAGCCUGUGUAGUUUAAACCUGCCUGUUCUAAGUAGGCUGAGGUCAAAAGAUGCUGACCAAGUGGACUUCGCUGGUGCAAGGGAUGUAGCAGUGGCCGGAGAAACGGACGCUAAAGAGGGCUUAGCGCUAACAUGUCUGCCAUCUAUGGCAUGCCGAUCUUACAUAGAUGAAUACAAAACGUCGAAAUAUUUAGAUACGGGGCGGAUGAAAGAUACCGGAGCUUUAGCUGAUAGGUCUGCGCAUCCAUUGCAAAAGAAGUCGUUUCCGCCUGUGACGUGGCUACAGUACGAGACACCGCCAUGGCAAAAGAAUGUUAAAGCUCCACCAGCUACCAAGAAAAAAAUGAAGCGAGUCAUGUGGAAGCCAUCCAAGGCGACGCUGAUCUUUAGUGAGCAAUGCUGCGCCAACUUCCCAGAGCGACAUUUUGGUAGAGAUGCUUGCUUGGAGGAGGACGAAUCGAGUUUCCCGACUGAGCACAAGCUGGCAACGAGUGAGGAUCUUAGGAGGGCAAUGAAGUUUGUCAAGACAAGGGAGCAAAUGUAUGACCAAAACAGGACAAGAAAAAAUAUCUCCUUUUUAACAAUGUCAAGAGAGAUGUUUUCUAAAACACACAAUAGCUUAUCUCUGAAAUCACGCAUGGAACUGCAGCUCAAAUACCGCCAAAUCAUGUCCCGUUUGAAACGCCAGGAAUAUCUUCAGUGGGAGUGUGAGGCAAUGGCAAGGUCAGGUCACACUGACAAAGACCAGCUUCAGCAACCAUUUGAAAAUACCAGCGGACGUUUCAUGCCAUUCCAAAGCUCACGUGACCUCGGCAGACCUGGUAGGUUCAAAAGUAAAGUCUGCAGAUACAAGAACUCUCCAGGCAGAGCGAGAGUUGCGCUAGUUCAUCCCACUGAGUCACGCCAUACCACUUUGAUACACAGAACCGAAGCCACCAAAAAAUUGAGUGCCUGCAGUCUGUCCAAACAGCUCAGUCCGACACCCACCGUCAGACUGAUCAAGUGUAACCAGUUUAACCAGCUCAGUCCGGUGUCCAGCAACACACUGAUCAAGUGUAACCAGUUCAUCCAGGCCAGCCCGGUAUCCAGCAACAGGCUGGUCACGUGUAACGAGUCCAUCCAGGCCAGUCCGUUACCCGUGACGCCAAACAUAGUCCAGGCUCAAAGGUCGCCACAGUACGAGCUGGGCGACGUAGAUAUUGUUCCGCCUGAAUGUCCGGGCGAAGCCGGUCAGCAUGGGGACGGGCCGUCCACGAUUACUUCCGAUGACCCUUGCCAGUCAGUGACUACUGAGGCCUUGAUGAGGAAAAAGGCGCAGAACUCAUGUGUCACGUCUAACCCGCCAGGCGAUACUGAGGUCGACUCUACAAAACACCCCGAGAGAUGUUCCUGUCGAUCUUGUGUGAAGACGGCUGAGUGGAUCAAUAGUAUAGUCGUACCAAGCCUUAAGUCUCUGGACUUAACUUCUGACGGCGGCGUCUCCUCGAGGGUCAUGUUCUCUCUCCCUUACACUCUUGACGGCGGCGACUCUGUCACGGGAGAAGAGUGCCAGGAAGAAAUCCACGAUGCCACCUCGGACAUGGUCAAAAUAUCUGAAUAUUCCUCCCUGGCGCAAGACUAGAGCUAAGGGAGAUAAUUUCAUUACAAAUGUUGUUGACAGAGUUGCCUUCCUUUGGAUAAUGACCAUGCAUCCAUUAAGAAUACAUUCUCAUGUAUUUGCUAUGAGAAAGAUUUUUUAUUUGAAAUUAUACCAUUUUUAGACUCUUAUCUCCAAAGGAUUACACAUUUUUUUUUGUUAACGAUACUGUUAUAAAGCUGUCAUGAAGAUUAUAUAGACUAUAAAUCUAUGCUUUCUCGAUAAUAAAGGUGAAUGUAACACAAAA